AUGCGCAGGCCGCUGAAGAAAGGGAAGAAGGCGUGCACGGAAUGCCGCCAGCAGAAGGCUAAAUGUGACGUCUAUCUUGACCCUGAUCAGCCAUGCUCUCGUUGCCGUAAGGUCAAGGCGACAUGUAUAAUUUCGGACCCCUUCAAACGAGUCCACAAACGGAAACGUCUUUCGGACCUAGAGCGUGAAUCAGAUGAGCUUCGGCGGAAGCUGCGGACUUCUGAAUCAACAGAUCCUCAUUCAUCGCCCAUUUCACUUUUGACAGCUGCAGCUGAAAUGGGCAUACGGACUGGCCCUGGAAUUGACGUGGCUUCUGUUCCGUCGCGGGCUCCCACUGAUUCUUAUACUUCGCAGCUGAGAAGUUUAACACAUGAAAUGCCGAGACCGGUAUUAGGGACUAAUACCACAAAAAAUCGGAAUCUCAAUGAUAUCCUGGUCACAAGUGAGGAGAUUGAUGAUCUUUUUCAAAUCUUCUUUCGAUAUUAUGCCCAGUUUCUCCCUAUUCUUGACCCACGCAGCCAACCAAACAAUUUUUAUGCGCAGUCUCCGUUCCUUUUUUGGACAGUGAUUGGAGUUUCAUGUCGCUCUUAUCCUCGGAACCCAACAUUGUAUCCAGCUCUGGCCCACAGUAUCAAAGAAAUGGCAUUUCUAUCAGCUUUGUCAAACUCUCCGCCGUGGCAUACUAUCCAAGGUCUACUGAUUCUACUCACAUGGCCAUUUCCAAAGGGCGAUCACCCGGAUGUGACAUUCCCUUUGGGAGGGUUUUUACUUCAUGUUGCUAUGCAGAAUGGUCUUCACAUUCCUAUGUCAAGCCAUGAAUUUUCACGCAGUCGAUUGCCCAUACCGUCCGAGAAUGAUUUACUGCGUCGGUCAGAACUAUGGGCGCAUUCAAUAAUUGUGUAUCAGCGGGUCUGUGUCACAAAGGGACAAUUGCCACGAGCUAAUCAGGCGCAAGAUCCUUCACAUCGUCAUAUACUCCUGGAGAACAUUGCACCAUGGAUGACGCUGAAAAUACGCUGCCAAGACCUCAUCUCACGAUGCAGUGUAGCGGUUCUUGAGAAUGGUAUACGCUCUAUGUCACCUGACCAGGAACGAUCAUUAGACGUUCUACUCACAACAUUCGAGGGCCACUUAGAUGAUCUUGAGCCCCAAGCUGUCACAGAUGACGAAAGAUUCGACAUAUUUAUCUGUCGAAUGGCUAUCCAGAGUUUUCAUUUUUUCAAAGUUCAAACGAUUUUUUCCAGCAACUGCUUUCCACGCAUUCUUGUAACCGCAUGUAAUGUGAUUGACAGCAUUCAAUCCCUCACAGUCCGGGUAUCCUGUCUGGCGAUGGUACCCGUUCAGAUGUGCUUUGGGCUCUUAAUAGCGUCGACCUCAUUGUUGAGAAUUCUCAAGAGUAGCAGUGGGUCCAAAGCUAUAGAGGCUAUUCGUGCCCGAUCCUCACUAUUUACUGCAAUCAACCUAGCAAAGCAGAUGUCUGUUGAUAGCAAUGACCUAGCUGGAAGAACAGUGACCGUGCUGAACUCGAUCUGGAAUAGUCGCAAAGCAUUUCGCAAAGCUGACGGAUCCGAGUACCUUGCUUUGCGUAUACGCAGUCGACUGGUACUGAGCCCCGUUCUUGACACUGUCUGGUGGUGGCGAGAUGAGUUCGAUCCACAGUCACGGGCCAGGGGAGGCCCGGAGCCGGCUGAAGGUAGUGGCUAUUCUCGCUCACGUUUGAAUGCCGCGACUGAUAUGGGAAAUGUAGCACCGGGUAUUGAUCCCAAAUCUGAUAAUUCAGUACCUGCUGGAUCUUCCAGUACUGUGCCAGAUUUGAAUUCGUUCCAUGUUGAUGAACAAUUCCUGACAGACUUUGAAUGGGCCUUGGGUGACGAUGCACUGUUUUCUCUAGAUUCGCUUCCCUUGGCUUGGUCAUCAACUAAUACAUUACUUUAG